AUGAACGAAUCCGUCAAAGAACUUCAUAAAGAUCUUGCCAGGAAAUACCGACAGCAUGGCCAGCGUGUCGAGGAAAUGUGGCGUUCGCUCAGCCAGGAACAACGCAAAAAGAUCAUGGAAGCUGGCUCUCAUGAUGGUGCUGUUCUGAAGCAUGCUGAAGACACAAGCCUGGAGAAUGUCUACAAGUUUAUUCCUGAAUGGAAUCUACGCGACAUCACGUCGCCGUCAUCAAGCUUCUUUCUCGACAUGCUUAAGCACCGAGCAACCACACCGCUGCAGGCACAAUACACGACUGGCUUCAAUGGGCGACCAGGAGAUCAUGCGCACAUACUUGAUAUGAUGCAGAGAAAGAACCUGAGUCUCAAUGACGUCUCCCAAUACAAGGAUUGUUAUACGCUUUUCUUGACGGAAGACGGGUACGGUGAAUCUGUCAAGAUCCAUGCCGAGAAGGAAGAAGUUCUUGCGAACAUGAAACCGGCUAUGCAGGCCGGAUUUAUCGUACCUCAAGCUACUGGAGAGCUCAUUCUCAUGCGACAAAUAAAUCUGCUCCAACUUCUCAACAUUGCAAUCGAAGACAUCCUCAAUACUGCAUCCACCACGCAAGCCCGGACGAAGCACGCAAAGAAGUCAAAUGAGGAUACAACUGCAGCGCUAGCAAAGUUGUCAGUACACUCACCUCCAAAGAAAGUAGAGCUUGUGGAUCUUGCAGACAUGGCGAAAGACCAACUAUCGUCUUACGAGGAUCUGGUUGCUCUUAUUGCGACUGAGCCUACGGUUCUAACUCAUGAAGUCAAUUUUUCUUUCUUCAGCCGGCCGGAACUAGUUGCCGAUGAGAAGGGACGCAUGUUGCCUGUGCAUACCGACAAAUACAUUAGCGGUGCUGUGCUCGAGGCGGUCCAUAGCGUAGUGAAGAUUGCUGCUACAUGGCAUUACAUUGGACGUCUCUUGGAUCUGCUGAAGGAGUCAACAGACAAGCAGUUCAAAGCUGUUAUUCUUAGAGAGCUCUCAAACACCUGCCACUUGGAGUAUUUGCGCGCUCAGGCUAGUUUCAAACGCAGCGUAGCUGUCGGCAUGGGUAGCAGCAAGUGGUUCAAGCGCACGUCGACAAAUGACAUUGCGCGGCUCUCAUUGAAACGAAAUCCCGAGUCUUUGACGGUAGAGAACCCCCAACUACAUUACAUGCUCCGACUUUGUCAGGAUGAGACAAACUGGUCGAACGCUGCACAAUGGCUUCAAAAGCUGGCGGACCUCCACCGAGCCCAUCCGCUCGAGCAAGACAACCUUUCCGAGCGAGAGUACGAUUCGCUAGGCGACCUUGCAAUCAUAGUCACCUUUGUUCAGUCUCUCUCCUCAGUCGCACAAUUACCUACGCCUAACCACAAAAAGAAACAACCAUUUGUAUCUAACUACACGGCUUUAGACAAAGAGUUUAGAGAGAUGAAGGAUGGUGUGGAUCUCGGUGACUUGGCCAUCCCAAUUGACAACUUGCUUGAGCCAGGUAUGGCCGAACGUGCGCUUAUAAGACUCGAUGAGUAUAUUGUAGAGAAGACCGGCACGAAGCUUGGUUUUCUCUACGAAGAUCUAGUUGAAAGUUGUGUGUCCAACAUCCAUGAACAACAUGAAGCACAGAAGACCAAGUCUGAUAGAGUCCCGACUCAACACACGACGCCAGCAGCUCCCGAGAACUCAGAAUCACCUAUUCAGCAGCGCAAGCAGAAGGAAAAGACGCGGCCGAGUCAAGCUUCAAUAUACGAGUUCACACCACAAAACGCCAAAGACGAGUCGGCCGUUGAAUCGAAAGAAAGAUACAAGGUCAAGCCUUCCACUGCGAACGUCUUUUCAUCGUUGUUCUCGAGAUCCUCUACGGCUCGUAGCCCAGUUCGAUGG